GACAUUUUGUUUAACUUUUCACUCCAGGUUUCACAAUCAUUUACACAUGGUGGAACACGAACACAAAUUGCUAUUCCAGCACAAGGAAUGAUUGAAUUUCGUGAUGCCCUUACCGAUCUACUUGAUGAAUUUGGCACCGAAGAAGGAGGAUUUCGAGAUACAUUGCCGGAAGGAACGAAUUUUCGUGUUGAAAAUAAAAAAUUCUAUUUUGACAUUGGACAAAAUAAGAUUGGUGUUUUUAUGCGUAUAUCUGAGGUAAAAAGUAGUACACGAUCAUCGAUUACUAUACCUGAACGAUCAUGGGCACGUUUUCGUGACAUAUUUGCUGAUUAUGUUGAUAAAAUGAAUCCAAAUAAUAGUAGUACUAGUGCUGCCAAUACAACAACAACAACAGCCACAUCUUCAUCAGGUGGUGGUGGUGGUGGUGGCGAUGAAAGUGGUAUUUCCGCUUCCGAAAAAACAACAGCAACAACUACGGGUACCAAAUCAUCAAGUAAAUCUCAACAACAACAACAAGAAUCAUCAUCUUCAUCACGUAAUAAUGGUAAUACAGCAGCAGCAACAACAACAACAUCAGCAACAUCAUCAUCAUCAACAUCGGCUAAAUAAGAUUUUAUUUUU